GCAGUGCAAAAGCGCGAGAGGCAACUCAGCCGCGGCGUUUCAGUCAGGCAGUACGUCGGGCGCCCGACCGACCGAGCUGUGAAAAGAAACGUCCCGGGCGGAGUCGCCGCGGCGAGUAGCGCUCUACUUUCGCCCUCUCCUGUUCAAGAUGGUGGCCUCUCGCGCCAUCGGCAGCCUCGGGCGCUCCCACGCCUUCAGGAUCUUCCGCUGCCGAGGCUGUAUUUGCCGCAACUUCACAGCAUCUUCUGCAUUAUUGACCAGAACCCAUAUUAACUAUGGAGUCAAAGGAGAUGUGGCAGUUGUUCGGUUUAACUCACCCAAUUCAAAGGUAAAUACAUUGAAUAAAGAAGUACAAUCAGAGUUCCUAGAUGUAAUGAAUGAAAUCUGGGCUAAUGACCAAAUCAGAAGUGCUGUCCUUAUCUCAUCAAAGCCUGGAUGUUUUGUUGCAGGUGCUGAUAUCAACAUGUUAGCUUCUUGUACAACACCCCAGGAAGCAACACGAUUAUCACAGAAUGGACAGAGAAUGUUUGAGAAACUUGAAAAGUCCACGAAGCCUGUUGUGGCUGCCAUCAGCGGAUCCUGCUUGGGAGGAGGACUUGAGCUUGCCAUUUCAUGCCAAUACAGAAUAGCAAUAAAAGAUAGAAAAACAGUAUUAGGUGUUCCCGAAGUACUGCUGGGACUCUUACCAGGAGCUGGAGGAACCCAAAGACUGCCCAAAAUGGUGGGUGUACCUGCUGCUUUCGACAUGAUGCUGACAGGCAGAAACAUUCGUGCAGACAGAGCAAAGAAAAUGGGACUGAUCGAUCAAUUGGUGGAUCCCCUAGGACCAGGAAUAAAACCUCCUGAGGAACGGACAAUUGAAUACCUAGAAGAAGUUGCAAUUACUUUUGCCAAAGGACUAGCUGAUAAGAAAAUCUCUUUAAAGAGAAACAAGGGAUUGAUGGAAAAACUGACAUCAUAUGCUAUGACUAUUCCAUUUGUGAGACAACAGAUUUACAAAACAGUGGAAGAAAAAGUACGAAAACAGACCAAAGGCCUUUAUCCUGCACCUCUGAAAAUAAUUGAUGUGGUAAAAACUGGACUUGAGCAAGGGGAUGACUCUGGUUAUCUUGCUGAAUCACAGAAAUUUGGAGAGCUUGCAAUGACCAGAGAAUCAAAGGCCCUGAUGGGACUUUAUCAUGGCCAGGUCCUGUGCAAGAAAAAUAAUUUUGGAGUACCACAGAAGAAUGUUAAACAUCUAGCUGUUCUUGGUGCAGGUCUGAUGGGAGCUGGCAUCGCCCAGGUCUCUGUGGAUAAAGGGCUAACGACGUUACUUAAAGAUACUACAGUGGCUGGGCUAAGCCGGGGACAGCAACAAGUGUUCAAAGGAUUGAAUGACAAAGUGAAGAAGAAAGCUCUAACAUCAUUUGAAAGGGAUUCCAUCUUCAGCAACUUGAUUGGACAGCUUGAUUACCAGGGUUUUGAAAAGGCUGACAUGGUGAUUGAAGCUGUUUUUGAGGACCUUAGUAUUAAGCACAAAGUGCUAAAGGAAGUAGAAGCGGUGAUUCCAGAACACUGUAUCUUUGCCAGUAACACAUCUGCUCUCCCAAUUAAUCAAAUUGCUGCUGUCAGCAAAAGACCAGAGAAGGUGAUUGGAAUGCACUACUUCUCUCCCGUGGAUAAAAUGCAACUGCUGGAAAUCAUCACAACUGAAAAAACAUCUAAGGACACAACUGCCUCUGCUGUAGCAGUCGGCCUGAAGCAGGGAAAGGUCAUCAUUGUGGUUAAGGAUGGACCUGGCUUCUAUACCACCAGAUGUCUUGCACCCAUGAUGUCUGAAGUCAUGAGAAUCCUCCAGGAAGGGGUUAAUCCUAAGAAGCUAGAUACCCUGACCACAGGUUUUGGCUUUCCUGUGGGUGCUGCCACCCUGGCAGAUGAAGUUGGGGUGGAUGUGGCCCAACAUGUGUCAGAAGAUCUCGGCAAAGCCUUUGGAGAUCGGUUUGGAGGAGGCACCGUAGAGCUGCUGAAACAGAUGGUAUCCAAGGGCUUCCUAGGUCGCAAAUCUGGGAAGGGCUUUUACAUCUAUCAGGAGGGGUCAAAGAAUAAGAGUUUGAAUUCUGACAUGGAUAGUAUUUUGGCAAGUCUGAAGCUUCCUGCUAAGCCUGAAGUUUCCUCUGAUGAAGACAUCCAGUACCGUGUGGUGACAAGGUUCGUGAAUGAGGCAGUCCUGUGCCUGCAGGAAGGGAUCUUGGCCACACCAGCAGAGGGAGACAUUGGAGCUGUCUUUGGGCUUGGAUUUCCCCCUUGUCUUGGAGGACCCUUCCGUUUUGUGGAUCUCUUUGGUGCUCAGAAGGUAGUGGACCGGCUUCGAAAGUAUGAGGCUGUCUAUGGAAAACAGUUCACUCCAUGCCAGCUACUCCUUGACCAUGCUAACAAUUCCAGCAAGAAGUUCUACCAGUGAGCAGGCCUCCCUGUCUGCCCCAUCCACACGCUAAGCUAACACAAGUGCCAUCAAGACCGCUUCUCAGCAGUACUAUCUUGACAUAUCAGGAAGAAGGAAAAGUCUGGCCUUGGGUUUGCACUUAAUCAAAAGUGCAAACUUCAGUUCUGACCAACUCUCCCUCCUGAAGUCUGACUGUGAAUUAGCUUGUACUUAAGGCUGGAAGGUAGAACCUACUGGGCUGCUUUUGUAAACUCCAAGGCCUAAAGCAGCAACCACCUAGAACCAUCUUUGCUACCUAUUCCUCCUGGAAAGCCAGUGGGCACCAGUGGUAGUGAGGGCAGUUCUGCACCCAGCCAAACACAGGAUAACAAUAAAACCCAAACUGUCAGCC